GACUUAUGCGUCUGCCGUAUACCGCGUGCCGCCGACCUCGCGUAGAAGUCCGGCAUAACACAUACAUGCGUGACGGGCGACGUAUCGCAUCAGCAAGCACCCACUUCCCUCGCCAUGAUCUUGCGCCGCCAGGUCUCCGGCGCGCUCCACCAACAAAGCGACGCCAGGCGACUCAACGCUCCCCUCGCGCCCCUCGCGCCAUGCCUCCGUCCUUUGACAGCUCUGCUGCUCAAAAUGGCGAGCCGCGGCUGCUUCGCCACGUCUUGGUCUGCGUGGGUGAUAUCGUUGUGGGCAUGCUUAACGGGAUUGCAGACAAUAGCUAUGCAGUACCGCCAGGUCUUCGACUAUACAAUCACUGGUGCCACGUGCCGAGGCUCCUGGUCCGGAUACUGCACCUCUCUGCGACCACACCGACGUGGGUUUUGGGCAGAUUGCGCUCGUACAAUGCACGUCUUGGUCUCCCUGCGAGCUUUUUACCUAGACGCGUUCCGCCUCCCCAAUUACGUGCGCGUCAUUUGUCUGUCGCACAUGUUAUCACCUGAUCUCGACUUCGUCUUAACUACCAAGAGGAUCAUCAAGAACGGCGCCGUUGCCUGCUCUGCUUCGGCUUCGGCAAGUGCUCCCGCGACACCAUCAUUAUGCGUAGAUGUAAGACCACCAAGCAUCGUGCGUGUGGUGGGCGAAGCCUAAAGGAGCUUACAUGUAGUCGGCAACCGGUUACCGCAUACAUACAGAUCUGGCGCUUAAUCUUGGAAUGUGCCAUCGCAAGAGUCGACCGUUUGGAACCAGAUUAAAAUAUCUGCAGCGAGCGCCUGGCGCACGUCAAUUACGAUACAUCAACUCGCCCGAGUGCAUCAUUACCCAAUUACUUUGAACCCUUGUCUGGUCAUCAUUUACUGUAUUACCCAUUCGCCGAUAACUUUGGUCCGGGGUGCAGCAG